UUGGGUGCAGGUACUGCCAAGCAGUGUAAAGGCAAUGUACAAAAGCACUGAUGAAACACCUAAGUUCGAGGUCCUGCGGCGCCGAGGUCAGCAGGGUGGUUGUAGCCGCGGUGUCUCCUCCAUAUCGUCCUACACCGGUCCCUGCUGCUUCAUCUGCCGCAUUUUCUGUACUUACAACCAGGCAGCAAAAUCACCGACAACAGAAACACUCGGCAAGAUGGCAGUUCCCCCAACAUAUGCAGACCUUGGAAAAUCAGCGAGGGAUAUCUUCAACAAGGGAUAUGGCUUUGGACUGGUCAAGCUUGACGUGAAGACAAAGUCUUCAAGUGGAGUGGAGUUUAAAACAUCCGGCUCAUCCAACGUAGACACCAGCAAAGUCACAGGAACCCUAGAAACCAAGUACAAGUGGUCUGAGUACGGGCUGACAUUCACAGAGAAGUGGACCACGGAAAACACACUGGGAACAGAAAUUUGUGUUGAGGAUCAGAUCACCAAGGGGCUGAAACUCACUUUCGACACCACGUUUUCACCAAACACUGGCAAGAAGAGCGGCAAGGUCAAGACCGCUUACAAAAGGGAAUACCUCAACGUGGGUGUGGAUGUAGACUUAGAUUUUGCUGGUCCUACCAUCCACGGAGCAGGAGUGGCAGGCUAUGAGGGCUGGCUUGCAGGCUACCAGAUGACCUUUGACUCAGCCAAAUCUAAGAUGACACAGAGCAACUUUUCUGUUGGCUACAAGACUGGCGACUUCCAGCUUCACACCAAUGUAAAUGAUGGUGCAGAGUUUGGUGGCUCCAUUUACCAGAAGGUGAACGACAACUUGGAGACAGCUGUGAAUCUUGCCUGGACAGCAGGGAACAAUGGCACUCGCUUUGGAAUUGCUGCUAAAUACCAGUUAGAUUCCAGUGCCUCCAUAUCAGCUAAGGUGAACAACGCAAGCUUGGUAGGAAUUGGAUACACCCAGACUCUGCGGCCUGGUAUGAAACUAGUCCUCUCUGCUCUGGUGGAUGGGAAGAAUAUCAAUGCUGGUGGGCACAAACUCGGUCUGGGCCUGGAGUUAGAGGCAUGAGGAUCUGCUCAUCCAUUUCAUUAGAAGAAGAAGAAGAAGAAAACAACUAUCAGCAGAAUCUGACCCUGAGCCUCUCGCCUGGUCAGCAACAAAUAUUUAAAAGAUGAAGACAGAGCCAAAACAAAAUAAGAAUCCAAGGUCCUGAGCACUUCUAGGAUGUAAACCUUUCCACCAGCCUCCUUUUGGAUGUGGUUAUUAAAAACUUAGUCAUGUUUCAAUCUUCUAUUUAUGGAUCCUUUACUCCCUCUGCCAAUUUAUUCUCCAUCGUGAUAGAAAACCCCCUCCUCUGGGAAUGGUUUCCAAAACAAAAGGCUUGUUACUUUGCUGGUGUGUUGAUGUAGAAUGUAUAACUGAGCUGUUAUUUUGCACAAUAGAUCAACUUAUUUAAGCGCUUUCUCCUUCGUUUGCACAUUUUAUUUGUUUUUUAGUAGUUAAGCUCUGCCUGUUGGAGGAGUUUCUUCAACAGAAUAUGUAUAUCGAGAUUUCCAUAGAGGCUUUAUUAUGCUGUGUGAUGAGUUUGAGACCUCUGCUACCUGACAUACCUGCUUCUAAAGCUGCAAGACAACGCUAAAUGGAUCCUCCUUUCCUCAGAGUGACUUGACUGAAAGAAUUAUGAGUGAAUCCUCCACUUUUCUUCCCACUUUUGAGGACUGUGACUCUUCUCAUGAAGUGGUUUGUGUGUUGGCGUGUGUCUAACCUUUGCAAUAAAGUCUUUAAAUCCACCAA